UCUCCGCACUCUCAGUCCCGAGAGCGGAGCCAGAGAGGUGAGAGAGCGCGACGCGCGCAUUCGGAGCUCGCUGAUCGUGGCCGCAUCUCCGCGUAAUUCGUAAUCCGAGUACACCGUUUCGAGUAUAUAUCCGCUCGUUUUUCCCUCGUCGCGUUGCGAGUUCGUCCGUUCUUUUUUUUUUUUGGCGCGCGAAACGUUACGUUUGUUCGCGACGACGAGCAACGUCCCUGCGAGAACGCCGAGAACUGUGUUGUGGAAUCUGCACUCCGGGGAUUUACUCCGAUACUCAAGUGCGUCGUCGAAUUAUGCUCGUCCUCGCUUUUGUGCCGUGAGAGAGGAAGGACUCAUUUUCACGGAGUGUGUCGAAAAGAUCUCGCAUUUAUUUUUCCUUUCUUUCGACUUUUGUGAGUCCGGUCUGUGAAGUGGCGAUUUUCUCCGCGAAACAGGAGAGCCGAGGAAGAGAGGCUGCGGUGGUGUCGCACGAAGAGAUAUGCGCUACGCAAAGCAAGGGUUAAUGUCCGGUUUACUCGCGGCGAGACCGCAGUCACCUCGUGCACCGGCGGUGCAUCGUCGAUGCUGAAUCGCGCGCUCGGUACAUUCGUGAUAGUGGUGGUGGUGGUGGUGGUGGUGGUGGUGGUGCUCGAGCGGACUCUCGCGCGCGGAUGACAGCUGGACGUUUUCGCCGCGAGGUUGACAGUGAGAUCCUCGAGCUCAGUUGAGCUGGGAAGAGACGAGUCGUCUCUCGCGUCGCCGAGAGUUCGAGACACGCCGUCGGUGAUAUCCGGCGUGAGAACUACUGUGAAUCGCGAAUCGGGUGGUGAUCAGUAGUGAUGCCGUGAUGGGCUGCAGCUCGGGAUCGUUCUUCCUGACCACGCUUCUCCUCGUGGUUGGAUUACUCUCGAUCGCGCUGUUCGCCGAAACAUCGGACGCAACACGUUUAAGACAACGGCCUGGACCUACGGAGUCUCCGAGAGGAGGUUCCGUGAACGAGGCUGGCGUUUUUGCGUUACGAGGUAGGCAGGAGGGUAGCCGGCGCGCUAGAAAGACCACCACUAGCACAACGAGCACGACACCCAGCUCGACAUUGAUAUCCCUGGCCGACGAAGUGGCGCAGCCCGCUGCUCUUUUGGCCCCCGAGGAGGAGUCAUGGUCUACUAGUUCCUCCACCACGACCAAUGUUCCGCUAUCCUCAGACAUGGCCGACACGUCGUCCAAUCCGCCUCUGGAGCUCGUGGUGAAGCCUCAUAGUAAAGUCAUUUUGCCCUGCGAACUGGAAGGAAAUUACUCGAGAUUAUUGCUGCCAGGUGCCAGAAGUUACAGAAUACGACCGGCAACGUGGCUGCACGAGGGUAACCCGGUAGACAUGAUUACGAUAGAUACGAGAACAGAAAUGAGCGGAACCGGGCACCGAUACAUCGGCGAUUCCACGACCGCGGCGUUGCACAUAGACAAUGUCAGAUUAGAGGACGACGGUGUGUGGAGCUGCACGUUAGAGGACGACCAGGGGAAGAUCCUCUUUGGCAGACCGGUGAAGCUGGUCGUGCUCGAGGCACCUCGUGGAACGUAUCUGCUGAUAGAUGGCCGCCGGCUGGAUCCCGGAAACCAGUUUGUGCCGGUGAAGGAGGGCUCGGAGCUCACUCUCGAGUGCGCGGCCGAGGGUGGAAAUCCGCCGCCCAUCUUGGCGUGGGGCAUGACCUUGUCUCAGGCUACUUUAGACGGGCCGGAACAACCGCCGGACAACCUCACCGUGCUGCCCUCAACGUCCGGCAGGCGCAGCGGGGCUCACCUUAAGGUCCUGAGAGGACAUCACAAUGCUACCAUCGUCUGUGUCGCGCGUCACAUCACGCUGGUGAUACCGAUGAACGCCAGUAUCCUGCUCGACGUUCAAUAUACUCCAUCGUUUGCGAUAACGCGUUUACCUGGUUUUGGAAUUCCGAUCGUCGAGGGGAUGUCUGUCAGUCUGAAAUGCGAGGUAGACAGCAAUCCAGCCAGCACUCCAAUUUGGCAGCGCGACAAUGGACCGCCCCCCGUGGAGCAGAGCGAUGACGGAUGGUUGAACUUCACAAAAAUCACUCGGGCCGAGAGCGGCUGGUACAAGUGCUACACGCGGCAUAUGCUCGGCAUUUUCACCAGCAUCGGAUAUUUUCUCAAUGUUCGCUAUGAUCCAGAUAUGGAGACGGAAGCGGAGGCGCUGAACGGCGAGGCGACCGAUUCCCGAAGGAUGGAGGUGCAGAUCGGCGGCGCGGUGACCCUCGAGUGCGACGGUGGUUGUUGGGGCCAUGGACCGGGAAUGGAUCCGGUGGGUGGACCCGGACCUCUCGCUCUGAGCCGAGUCGUGUACCAGGAGGCUGGAGAAUAUCGAUGCGUCGCGCCCGAUCGGAAAAUGCAGGACACGUGGCGAGCCCAGUUACCAUACCACAUCAAAAUCACCGGACGACCCAUGGUUCAUCCGCCGAGUCAGAUGGUGACGGCGAACGAGGGCGAGCCCCUAGACAUUAUCGUCGAGUUCUGCGCCGAGCCGAGUUACACCAAGGUUCUCUGGAUGUCGGAGGAGCGCGUGUACACACCAGAUGCACCCUCUCACGACGGGGUCCGAGCUCUCGGAAUCGAGGAUGGGGGCACAGAAUGUGUUAUAUGUUACAGGACGACCUUACGUUUCGAGACGAUUCAGUGGUCCCACGCAGGGGGAGAGUGGCUGCUGCUGGUCCGUUCGCCGGAAGGAUCGCCGAAGCUUCCGUUCUGCUCAAUGUGACGCGCGGCUUCCGGAUACAGCCAUGCCCAAGUCCGGUCAGCGAGUAUCGCGUACCUUCUGCUCUGCCUGAUC